AUGGAUUAUUCCUCGAUAUCUAACGAUCCCGACCAUCCUGCAGACUCGUCACCAUGGGGUUCAACCUCCCCGCGAGCUGCGCGUCCGUUUUCUGCUGGCAGUGAUGUCCCUCCAGCGUUCCCCUCGCAGCAUCAGUCGCCGUACACCACGGAUCACGAAGGGCCAUAUCACCGCAAUGGCGAAGGAGAUGACAACAUCCAAUCUCCAGUCCCAUCAGAUUUUCCCGGUGAUUCUCAUUCUGUAGGCUCUCCAGAGGCCCAUUCAGCGUACCGUCACGAAGGCCAGCAGCAGGAGCACAGGCAGCAACCACCACGAUCACAGGCCCCGUCUAGAUAUCAGACCGGAGCAAGACAGCAAACCAGACAAACCACUCCCAAAUAUAAACUACAAGCAAAGGUUACGGCUCUAGAAAGAACAGGGAAGAAGGAUCCUGUGAUUCGGUUUGAUGUGCAUACAAAUAUUCCAAAGUUUAGAACUACACAAUUUCGAGACGUCCGGAGAACUCAUUCUGAAUUUAUCAAGCUGGGAGAUCACCUUAUAUCGUCCAACCCCGAGGCAUUGGUGCCAGCUGUUCCCCCUCCGCUUACACCCGCAGGCGCCGGCACCGAGGAGGAUGAAGUACGAGUAAAAGCAUCUAUGCAGCGAUGGCUUAACUAUGUAUGUAGCAACGACGUUUUGAUGGUUGAUGAUGAAAUGAUCUUGUUCGUUGAAAGCGACUCCGGGUACAGCCCCGUUGUCAGGAUGAAGCAACCCGCGACGGGUGUGCGAAGAAAGGUCCUAAAGCAAUUUGCUCCACCUCCCGAUGAUACCCCAGAACUGCAUGAUGCACGUCCGGUUGUGAAGCUCUUUUACCUUGCAACUAUGGAGGCUGGUCAGAAGGUGGACCGAGUAGUUAAGGCCAGACGAGCACUUGCUCUUGCGGAGUCUGAUCUUGGGGUAAAGCUUGGGCAAAUGCAUGUACAGGAGACUCAUGCUGGGCUCGCCAAUGCCUAUAAGAAACUAGGCAAGAUCAUCCAAACCACUGGAGACUAUCAUGCUGCCCAGGGGACGGCCGAAGCGACCACUCUCGGCGACCCUCUGAACUACCAUUCUUCAGAUGCCUUCAUUGUGAAGGAAACGCUAACCAACCGGCACAUUUUGCUCCGUGAGCUGAUCCAGGCCCAGCAAACAGCAAACAGUAAGCGGGCUGCGGCAGAUCGCCUGAAGGCCAGUACAUCUGUGCGCCCAGAUAAAGUUGAUGAGGCUAUAAGCGCUCUAGAUGAAGCUCGGGGCCAUGAAGAGUACCUAUUGAAGAAAACCCAGCGGGUAACCAACAAUCUCUUGCAGGAGAAACGCCGUUGGUUUAACCGGACAGCAAACGAUCUGCUAUUCAGCCUUCGUGAAUACACGCUCCGGGAAAUUGAGGCUGAACGCAGAACUCUGAGUACUCUGGAGAGUGUUCGUGCAGAUAUUCGCUCUAUCGACUCUUCCGGAGGUUUGAGCCGUCUAGGUCGAGAGUCCCAUCCCGCUGCUCGCCGAGCGAGCUUGGCCUCCAGCCAGGGCCCGAAGGGUGAUGCUUGGAGUGGCGUUGCUCGUCGGGGGGAUAGUCUAAGCAGAAGCAUUAGCGGAAGUUUUGUGGCUCCCGUACCAGAAAUCGAUGAAGAUGCAAAUGGAAGUAUUCACGGGACAGGCAGAGCAAGAUCUCGCAGUGGGACGAUCAUUGAAGAAGAUGACGACAGAGUCGAUGCCAAAAAUGCUGCAAGCCGCCUAGCCGCCAGCACAUUCUAG